AAGGCAAGGUCCCCUGGUGCCGUUCGCAGCUACACCAACGACACUUGUUCCUUCGUCAUCUUUGAGCUGUUGGAUAUUCAUCAGACGACAAGGCGAUAUUGCUCUGUACCCAAACAAAGUGCUGCUGUGAAGAAUCUAGGAGCAAGCUGUGAUUGACACCUUGAAAGCUUUGACUCAACCCAGAGAGGAAUUACUAGAGACCUACAUAUAUUCUCGCCACCAUCAUUAUGUUCUUCACAGGAGGUCUGCAAGAGGGCAUUGCCACUGCACUGCAGCAGAGCAAAUGUGUCUUUUGCUUUGUCACGGAUGAGGAAGCUGAGAGCCAGACUUGGGAGACUGAGUACCUGACAGAGAGCUCGAUUGCGACUUUACUUCAAGAUGAGGCCGUCGCACUGCGCCUGAAGAAGGGAUCGGAAGAGGCGGGCUACCUGGCCGCCAUUUUCCCCCUGCCCAACACUCCCACCGUCGUCGUGAUCAAGAAUGGCGACCUCAAGGAGUACAUCGUUGCCGGCACCAGCAAGGAUGAGUUUGUCAGGCGCAUCACAGCCGCAUUCCGUGGCGCUCAGGGCCAGCCAGCAGCCGCAGCAGUAGCUCAACCCGCGGCAGCCAGUUCAGCACCAGUCCCAGCUCCCGCGCCGGCCGCCCAACCCACCGACGACCUCUACGAUGAGACCCCGUACAACCCUCCUCGCGCUGCAGCCGCCCCUGUCACGACGGACCAGCAACCCGCGCGGCCCGGCACAACCUCCUCCAGCCCGCGCGGCCCGGCCACCCCAACCCAAGAAGAAGACAACGCCGCCACCCUCCGCGCCGUCCUCGCAGAGCGCGGCGCGCGCCUGGAAGCCCAGCGCCUCGAGUCCGAAAGGAAGGCAAAAGCAGCUCGCGCAGCCGCGGCGGAGAAGGCCGAGACCGACAACUCCAAGCAGGCGGAGCAGACGCGCAACCACAAGGAAGCCCUGAAGAAAGCGCGCCAGGAGGCGGCCGACGAGAAGGCUCGCAUCCUGAGGAAGAUCGAGGACGACCGCGCCGAGAGGAGAGCGAAGGCCGCGGAGCGUGCUGCGCUUAGGACCCAGGCUGCGUCGCCUAAGCUGGGGGAGGUCGCGGCCGCGCUGACGAGGUCCGAGUCGAGUUCGCUUGCGCCGUCGAGCUCUGCUGCGAGCGGGAUGACGGCGCUGCAGGUUCGGCUUUUGGAUGGGUCGACGAUCCGGUCGCGGUUUCCUAGCGCGAAGACGCUUGGCGGGGAGGUGCGCAAGUGGGUUGAGAGCGAGCUUUCAGGCAGCGGAAGUGGUGGGGAGCCGUUCCGGUUCAAGGUUGUGCUUGCGCCGCGGCCGAGCAGGUUGAUUGACGACACGGAGGAGGGCAAGAGUCUGGCGGAGCUGGGGCUGUCGCCAUCCUCGACGCUCGUGCUGGCGCCUAUUGGCGCGCACGUUGGUGCGUACGCGGGAGGGUCGUCGUUUGGGGAGAUGGCUGUGACGUUUCUUUUGUUGCCGUUGAGCUUGCUGCAGUGGCUUUGGGGGCUGAUCUCUGGUGUGUUUUCUGGGCUGGGUGCGAGGCGGGCGGCGGCUGAGGAGGAGGAGGGCGCGGAGCCAGUUACGGUGAGGGAGCAGAGAAAGGGUAAGUUUUCGCAGUUUGCGAAUCCUGAUGAUCGGAGGGGUGAUCAUCAGCUGUACAAUGGCAACUCUCUCAACUUUGAACCGCGGCCGGAUGAGAAGAAGGACGAGUAAGGGGGCCGGGCUGUAUUGCAACCAUGUUCAACAUCACACCGUAUGAGAUGAAGCGCAAAGGUAAUUUAACGAGGGGGAAUGUCAUGUAUUGUACACCGUCGGGAGAUGUAGUUCUUCCUCAAUGGCCCAUCUUUCAAUGCUUCCGCCAAUGCAAAAAAUGCUGUAUGAAUUCCGUGAAAGCUCCAAGGCCCAGUUUUUUCUCCUUUGUUUUGCUUUCCCUCCCAUUCCCGUUUUUGACUAUUAAGGUACACAUAUCACCGCCCCGACUAUUUUUCAGCCGAAGAAGUUGAAUAUUUCAAACACGUGCAGUAGCUAUAAGCCCGUUCCUCUCACACAAGUAGAGUUGCUGGGUGUCUAGUAC